AUGAAGGAAGUAGUAAUUAGCGAAGCCCCAAAGAAGAUUAGUGGGAUCGAAUUCAGUGCAUUAAGUGCAUCCGAUAUUGUAGCACAAUCAGAGGUGGAAAUCUCAAGUCGUGAUCUAUUUGAUCUUGAGCAGAAUCGUAAACAAAAGGAAAAUGGUGCUUUGGAUCCAAGAAUGGGUGUCUCCUCUUCAAGUCUUACUUGUGAGACUUGUCAUGGUAAUUUAGCAUCCUGUCAUGGUCAUUUUGGUCAUAUCAAAUUAGCCUUACCUGUCUUCCACGUAGGUUAUUUCAAAGCUACAAUUCAAAUAUUACAAGCAAUUUGCAAGAACUGUUCCUCAGUACUAUUGUCGGAUGAAGAUAAAAAGAAAUAUUUGCAUGAAUUGAGAACUUCCGGUAGAAUUGAUAAUUUAAAGAAAAUGGGUAUUUUAAAGAAAGUUAUGGAUCAAUGUAAAAAACAAAGAAGAUGUCUACAUUGUGGUGCAUUGAACGGUGUUGUUAAGAAAGCCGCUGCAGGCUCGGGCACUGCAUCAUUAAAGAUCAUCCAUGAUACUUUCCGUUGGGUCGGUAAGAAAUCAACACCUGAAAAGGAUAACUGGAUUGGGGACUGGAAUGAAGUCUUAUCCCAUCACCCAGAGCUGGAAAGAUUUGUUAAACGUUGCACCGAUGACUUAAAUCCAUUGAAAACGUUAAACUUAUUUAAACAAGUAAGACCAGAAGAUUGUGAGUUACUAGGUAUAGACUCUACUGUGAAAUCAGGCAGGCCAGAAACAUAUAUUUGGAGAUAUUUGCCCGCACCACCUGUCUGUAUUAGACCUUCCGUUAUGAUGCAGGAUUCUCCAGCAUCUAAUGAAGAUGAUUUGACUAUCAAACUUACUGAAAUUGUCUGGACCUCUUCCUUAAUUAAAGCAGGUCUUGAGAAAGGUAUAUCUAUUAACAAUAUGAUGGAACAUUGGGAUUAUUUACAAUUAACUGUAGCUAUGUACAUCAACGCCGACUCUGUUAAUCCUGCAAUGCUACCAGGUGCUUCAAGUGGUGGUGGUAAAGUAAAACCAAUCAGAGGUUUCUGUCAACGUCUAAAAGGUAAGCAAGGUAGAUUCAGGGGUAAUUUAUCUGGUAAGCGUGUUGAUUUCUCCGGUAGAACUGUUAUUUCUCCAGAUCCGAAUCUUUCUAUUGAUGAAGUUGCAGUUCCAGAUCGUGUCGCAAAAGUUUUAACAUAUCCUGAGAAAGUUACUCGUUACAAUAGAAAGAAAUUACAAGAGUUGGUCAUGAAUGGGCCUAAUAUACAUCCUGGUGCAAAUUAUUUACUAAAGAAAAACGAAGAAGCAAGAAGAAACUUGCGUUAUGGUGAUCGUCUCAAAUUGGCUAAAAAUCUACAAUAUGGAGAUAUUGUUGAAAGACAUUUAGAAGAUGGUGAUGUCGUUUUGUUCAAUAGACAACCUUCUCUGCAUAGAUUAUCCAUUUUGUCGCAUUAUGCCAAAAUUCGUCCUUGGAGAACAUUCAGAUUAAAUGAAUGUGUUUGUACACCUUAUAAUGCGGAUUUCGAUGGUGAUGAAAUGAAUCUACAUGUUCCACAAACAGAAGAAGCUCGAGCUGAAGCUAUUAACUUAAUGGGUGUCAAAAAUAAUCUGCUGACUCCAAAAUCUGGUGAACCAAUUAUUGCAGCCACCCAGGAUUUUAUUACAGGCUCUUACUUAAUUUCACAUAAAGAUUCUUUUUUUGAUAGAGCAACAUUCACUCAACUAUUAUCCAUGAUGUCUGAUGGUAACCUACAAUUUGACAUUCCUCCACCAGCUAUUAUGAAACCUUACUAUCUCUGGACAGGUAAGCAGCUCUUUUCUUUACUAAUCAAGCCAAAUCAUAAAUCUCCUGUUGUUAUUAACUUAGAUGCUAAAAAUAAAGUUUAUAUCCCACCAAAAUCUAAAUCCUUACCGAAUGAAAUGUCCCGUAAUGACGGUUUUGUUAUUAUCAGAGGUUCUAACAUUUUAAGUGGUGUUAUGGAUAAGUCUGUUCUAGGGGAUGGUAAAAAGCAUUCAGUCUUCUAUACUAUUUUGAGAGAUUACGGUCCUCAAGAAGCUGCAAAUGCUAUGAACAGAAUGUCUAAACUUUGUGCCAGAUUUUUGGGUAACAGGGGUUUCUCGAUUGGCAUUAGUGACGUUACACCAGCGGAUGACUUGAAGAUAAAGAAAGAAGAACUUGUUGAAAUUGCUUAUGCUAAGUGUGACGAUCUGAUUGAUUCCUACAAUAAGGGUAAAUUGGAGACCCAACCAGGUUGUAAUGAAGAAGAGACAUUGGAAGCAAAAAUUGGUGGUUUACUAUCGAAGGUUAGAGAAGAAGUCGGUGAUGUUUGCAUUAAUGAACUAGAUAACUUAAAUGCUCCGUUAAUUAUGGCAACGUGUGGUUCUAAAGGUUCUACUUUGAAUGUUUCCCAAAUGGUGGCUGUCGUCGGUCAACAAAUUAUUUCAGGUAAUCGUGUUCCAGAUGGUUUUCAAGAUCGUUCCUUACCACAUUUCCCUAAAAACUCUAAAACACCUCAAUCCAAAGGUUUUGUUAGAAACUCUUUCUUUUCAGGUCUUACUCCACCGGAAUUCUUAUUCCAUGCUAUUUCCGGUCGUGAAGGUUUAGUCGAUACUGCUGUUAAAACUGCAGAAACAGGUUAUAUGUCUCGUAGACUGAUGAAAUCCUUGGAAGAUUUAUCAUGUCAAUACGAUAAUACUGUGAGAACUUCUUCGAACGGUAUUGUGCAAUUUACAUAUGGUGGUGAUGGCUUAGAUCCUAUGGAAAUGGAAGGUAGUGCACAGCCAGUUAAUUUCAAUAGAUCAUGGGACCAUGCAUUGAAUAUUACAUUUAAUAAUAACGAGCGUGGAUUGCUACCAUAUCAAGUGAUGAAGAAGACGAAUGAAGUGUUGAACCCACUAGAAGAAAGAUUAGUUAGGUACGAUAAUUUGGGUAAUGAGGUCAUGAAGGAAGACUUAGAUAAGCUGGAAUAUGCCGAUCAGUUCGAUGCCGAAAGAGACUUCUACAAGACUUUGAGAUCAUACAUUCAAUCUAAAUCAGAUCACCUUGCGCAUGUGAGGAAAUCCAGAGGUUUAUUAGAAUUGCUAAGUGAGCCAGGUGAGGAAUUGCAAAGUCUCCAUCCAGAUGAAAGGGCUACAGAUGUCUCAAGAAGUUCUGUAGACCAGUUAUGUAAGAUAACAGAAAAGGCUGUGCUUAAAUUUUUAGAAAUUGCCUUAUCUAAAUACCGUAAGGCAAGAGUGGAACCAGGUACUGCUGUUGGUGCUAUUGGUGCACAAUCCAUUGGUGAACCAGGUACUCAAAUGACAUUGAAAACUUUCCAUUUUGCUGGUGUUGCUUCUAUGAACGUUACAUUAGGUGUCCCUCGUAUUAAGGAAAUUAUUAAUGCUUCUAAAACUAUUUCUACUCCAAUUAUUAAUGCUGUCUUGGUUAAUAACAAUGAUGAAAGAGCGGCUAGAGUUGUUAAAGGUAGAGUGGAAAAGACAAUGCUAUCUGAUGUUGCAUAUUACAUCCAGGAUGUAUACAAGGACAAUUUAUCAUUCUUACAAAUUCGUAUUGAUUUAAAUACAAUUGAAAAGCUUCAAUUAGAAUUGACUAUUGAAGAUAUUGCUGUUGCACUUACCAAGGCCCCAAAACUCAAAAUUCAAGCAUCAGAUGUCAGUAUUGCUGGUGAUGAUAAAGUUAUUGUCAAUGUUUUCCCUGAAGGUUCCAAAAGUAAGUCCAUCUCAACAUCGGCUAAAGAUCCAAGUGAAAAUGAUGUUUUCUAUCGUAUGCAACAAUUACGUCGUGCCUUACCACAUAUUGUCGUCAAAGGUUUACCAGAAAUCGCUAGAGCGGUUAUCAACAUUCGUGACGAUGGUAAAAGGGAAUUGCUUGUUGAAGGUUAUGGUUUGAGAGAAGUCAUGUGUACAGACGGUGUUAUUGGUAGUAAGACAGUUACUAACCAUGUUCUAGAGGUAAGUUCCGUAUUAGGUAUUGAAGCUGCUAGAUCAAGUAUCAUUGGAGAAAUUGACUAUACUAUGAGCAAUCACGGUAUGAGUGUCGAUCCUCGUCAUAUUCAACUGUUAGGUGAUGUUAUGACAUAUAAGGGUGAAGUCUUGGGUAUUACAAGAUUCGGUUUGAGUAAAAUGAGAGACUCUGUCUUACAAUUGGCUUCUUUUGAAAAGACAACUGAUCAUUUAUUCGAUGCAGCAUUCUACAUGAAAAAAGACAAUGUUGAAGGUGUUUCUGAAUGUAUUAUUUUAGGUCAAACCAUGUCUAUUGGUACAGGUUCUUUCAAGGUUGUUAAAGGUACAGAUAUCAAACCUGAAGAUUUGAAACCAAAGCCGACUCUUUUCGAGAGCUUAUCAUCUGCAUCAUCCAAUAUUAAAUUGAACUAA